CGGAAACAGGAAGUUUCUGUUUUCAUGCUUCAGGGCGAAGGAGACGGUGCACGUUCUCGAGCAGCUCUUUCCAACUUGUGAAUGUCCCAGGGAGUGAAAUCAACACUGGAUCCACAGCCACUGAACUCAGAUGACCUUGGCUGUCCCUGGAAACAGCCUCCAAAAGCACGAGCACGCUCGGCAAGCUGUUUCUCGCCUCACGCAGUCAGCAGGGAGUCCAUUCCCCAGGGCUAACCAAACAGCAUGUCCCAGGCCACGAAGCGCAAGCAUGUGGUGAAAGAAGUCCUGGCGGAGUGCGUGGUGCCUUCAGAGCGGCAGCAGAUUGUCCGGGUGCUGGGGACACCAGGCAAUAACCUCCAUGAGGUGGAGACGCCAGAAGGGGCAAGGUUCCUUGUGAGCAUGCCCACCAAAUUCCGCAAGAACAUUUGGAUCAAGAGAGGUGACUUCCUGCUGGUGGAUCCCAUAGAAGAAGGGGAGAAAGUAAAAGCGGAAAUAAGUUUCGUGCUGUACAAGGAUCACAUUUGCUUUCUGAAGAAGGAAGGAUACUGGCCUGCUGCCUUCCUAUCGGAUGCUUCAGGAACUCAGAGCAGUGCUAAAGACAGGGAAGGAGCGCAAAGCCCCCCGCGUUCUGCAGGGGAAGAGGACUCCGAGGACGAUGACAGUGACCUGUUUGUGAACACAAACCGUGUGAAUUAUGGCUACACAGAGAGCGAGGAGAGCAGUGAUUCAGAGGAGGAUGAGAAGUAACUCGGUUAGGGCUGUGGCUGCAGAGACCAGGCCAGACCUUUGGAUGUCUCUGCCUCUUCCUGUGGACUGUCAGGGUUUGUGGGGUUUUUUUUUGGCAUUUUUCCAGGAAGGCCAAGGCUGGAACUUUGACUACCAAUUGUGGACAGUGGGUGCACUCUGCAGUGCUGGCAAUAGCAAAAGCUCCCUCCUCCAAGAGUGCUUUGAUCUUGUCUAGACUGGAUGCUUUUGCUAUAUGGUUCAUUUUUUCUGUCUCCUUUUUGCCUUAUUUAAUAAAAUGGGAUCC